GCUACUUUACAGUGUUUGUUAUAGACAAGAAUUUAAUGCCAUUGAAGGCCUAACACUCAGUUCGUCCAUCUGUCUUGACAUCUAUUGGUUAAAAAGGCGUUAAAAAUAUCGCCAACUGCACAGCAGACUACACAGAAACAGUUCAAACACGUGGUACAAUCGCAAGAUAACGAUGUCGGCCUAAGACAUUACAUGUUCAGCUACGUAAUUGGUGUGUGUGACAACUGGGACACUUUCCACAAAACCGAAGCCAUCAUUACCACGGACGUACCACUAAUAGAUUUGUAAAUACUUGAAAAAACAUUUAUAGAAAAAAUAUUGGGCCAAACCGAAAGUAUGACGCUUGAAGCCAUCAGAUACUCUAAGGGGAAACUUAGCAUUCUAGACCAACUGCUCCUCCCUACGCAGACACAGUAUAUCAAUGUAAACAACACCAACGAUGGAUGGCAAGCAAUAAAGAAGAUGCAGGUACGAGGAGCACCAGCAAUAGCCAUUGUUGGUUGUCUGAGUCUGGCUGUUGAAAUGUUGAAAACAGACAUCACCUCAUCAGAGGAGCUGGGAAACUUCAUCUGUGAGAGACUGGAUUAUCUUGUAACUGCCAGACCAACAGCUGUUAACAUGGGUUCCUCUGCUAAACAUUUCAAACAGAGAGUUACAACAUUGUUAAAAGACAGAGACCUAAAGGUUGAAGACUUUAAAAUGAUAAUUGUUGAGGAAAUUGAAAAAAUGCUUGAAUCUGAUCGUAGUGACAACGUUGCCCUAGCAAAGUAUGGUGCAGGCGACAUCAUGGAGCGAUGCACACAUAAUAAGGCCCGUGUCCUUACACACUGCAACACUGGCUCCUUAGCAACAGCAGGAUAUGGCACAGCUCUAGGUGUUAUUCGAGCCCUCCAUGAGGAUGGCAAUCUAGAUCAUGCUUAUUGCACAGAGACUCGACCCUACAACCAGGGUGCUCGACUUACUGCUUACGAACUUGUGUAUGAAAAAAUACCAGCAACUCUUAUUUGUGAUAGCAUGGCAGCCAUGCUAAUGGAGCGUAAGAAGAUCUCUGCAGUGGUUGUGGGAGCAGACCGGGUGGUAGCUAAUGGGGACACAGCCAACAAGAUUGGUACCUACCAGCUCGCCAUCAAUGCCAAAUAUCACAAUGUGUUGUUCUAUGUUGCCUGUCCGACCACAUCGUAUGAUGCCAGUAAAUCAACUGGAGCAGAUAUUAUCAUUGAAGAACGACCAGCUGAGGAGCUUACAAAAAUCCAAAACAUACCUAUAGCAGCUCCAGGAAUUAACUGCUGGAACCCUGCUUUUGAUGUCACACCAGCAGAGCUCAUCACAGGUGGAAUCAUCACAGAACACGGAGUCUUUAAACCGUCUGAACUCAAACACAAACUUAAACCAUUCAUAACCAAAGGAGGCCUUUAAUAUUGUUUUACUGUAUUUGACAGUAUGUGUACAUUGGUAAUGAAUGUAAUCAGAUCACAGAACAAAGAGUCUUCAAACCAUAUCCAACAAAAACGUACAAGUCAUCUUUCGAGUCUGUAUGGUCUCGUGUACGCACAGUAUAAAUGCUGUGCAUGCAGGCAUAGGUAUGGUAAAUAAAUGUUAACAUAUUAAUAUGGCGCGAAAACAAAUAAAAGGACUGUUCUGGAUAUUGAUUCCUAAAGGUCAAUUUCAUUUCAUGAACUCCUGGGCAUUAAAAAUCAACUACUUAAUUUGAACUCAAGGGAUCAUAACAAACCAACAACGAAUUCUAAAUGUGUGGCGUUAUAUCUCAGUCUGAAUUCAAUUUGUUACAUUUGUUUCUGUCUUGUUAUUCCUAAAUAAAUAGAUAUAAAUAGUGC